AUGAAGUUUCUGCUAAACGGUUUUUUGCAGGUACUUGCCGCUUUCGUCGCCUGCGCCUCAGCCGCCAGGGUUGACUUGAACGAUGGAAGGUACUACCCCGACAACUCCGGUGCCUACAACAACAACGACGGAAGAUACUACCCCGACAACAGUGGUGCCUACGUACCAGACGGUUCCGGCGCCUACGUGCACGACGAUGCCGGCUACCGCCACCAAGAUGACAAAUACAGACACCAAGCUGACAGAUUCGGCGGCAACGGCGGCAACGGCGGUGCUUUCGGCGGCAACGGCGGUUUCGGAGCCGGUUCCGGAGCCGGACACUUCCGUCCAGCUGGUGCUGGUGCCGGUGCCGGUGCCGCUUUAGGUGGUGCUGCCAACGCCGGCCGUUAUGGAAACGCCAACGGUUUCUACGACAACAGGAACUACGCCAUCAUCCGUAAAGUAGAAGACGUCCACCCAGACGGUUACCACUACCUGUAUGAAACCGAAAACGGUAUCUUGGCCGAGGAACAAGGUAAAUUGGAACGUGCCGGAUCCAAGGAUGAAGCCAUCAACGCCGGAGGUUUCUUCACCUACACCGGACCCGACAACGUAGUCUACAGGGUUGAUUACACCGCCAACGAAGACGGUUUCGUGCCAGUAGCCGAACACAUCCCAACCCCACCACCAAUCCCAGCUGCCAUCGUCAGAUCCUUGGAAUACCAAAGGGCCGCUGGCAAAUUGUAAACGGUGAUAUAGUCUGUACAAAGUAGUAUUUAAUAAAGUAUUUAAUAAUAAA